AAAAGAACAAAACUAAACGGCGACAAAGCCAGACAUCCAUAUUCAAAACAUUCUGUUGAUCUUGAUCAUGAUCACAGUUACCAAGCUUUUUUUUUCUUCCUACUAAUAUUUUUCCUUCUUUUUUCCCCCCUCUGCUGUUUGUGUUGGUUGAUUUAUUUUUUAGGCACCAGCAUCAUUCAUUCGUUCACUUACAUCUCUUGUCUUUCGUUGUAAUAUCGCGUACUUGUUCAUAUCUUUAUACUUUUUUCACAUUAUAACACGCCAAAGUAAACCCUCUUUUUGCGCUGUCAACAACCUAAACAUUUUAUUUACCAAACCAAACUAUUUUUACAAGCCAUGGCGUUCCUAGAUGAUGAUUUUGUUAUGACCAUCAACGAUGAUGACGAGGUGCCCGAUCUUGAAACUCUCAACGACGAGUCCGACAUCGAGCCGCAAACCAAAAAGCGCAAAUCAGACAACAAAUCCAAGCGCACAAAGACCGGCGAACCCAACACCACCGAUGACAUUGCUCCCAUUGCCAAGGGUUUUGUGAUUGAUCUCGAGGCUGAUGGACUGGACUCUGUAUCGCAGACUUUGGACUUUACCCUGGCCAGGGCUUCUUUGAAGAGGCGCAAUAACCCGGGACUGUACUCGUCCUUGGAUGACAAGAUUGCUGCCACUAGACGUGCCGCGAAGAUUGCCAAAAAGUUUGCUGCGAGCGCCCAGCCUGAGGUAGAGGAGAAGGAGGCCGAGAAGUCUGAGGAGGAGGAUGAGGAAGACGAUGAUAAGAUGAGUGUGUCGGACGAGGAUGCUCAGGAGGAUGUCUCUGGCUCGGAUGCAGAUUCGGAGGAGAUCGGCUCUGAAAUUGAAAGCGAUGAAGCUGAGGAAGAAUCAGGUGAUGAGGAAGCAUCGGGUGAUGAGGAAGAGACCGACUCUGACAAGGAGCAGGGCGCACAGGCAGUGGCAGCAACGGCAGAUGAAGAGCUCGUGGAUGACAGCGAAAUAUCCAACUCUUCCUCCGAAUCAGAGUCCGAAUCCGAAGUCGAAACGGGCAGCGAGGGCGAAAACAGCGACAGCGAGUCCGAGGUCGACGAAAUGGAGGAGGCGCGCAAGCGUGCAUACUUUGCACCGCAAGAUGAAACCACGGCCUCCGACAUCCCUGACUCCUUCACGCUGAUGAACCUGUCGAGGCCAAUCAUGAAGGGCAUCACCAAGCUUGGCUUCGCGCAGCCCACCCCCAUCCAGGCACGCACAAUCCCUGUGGCGCUCCUCGGGAAGGAUGUUUGCGGUGGCGCUCAGACUGGCUCGGGCAAGACCGCAGCGUUCCUCGUUCCCAAGGUGCCGGCAACGCGCGUGCUCAUUCUGUGUCCGACACGUGAGCUGGCCAUCCAGUGCCAUAACGUGGGGUCGCAGUUGGCUGGGUUCACGGAUAUCACCACAUGCCUUUGCGUCGGUGGUCUGUCGCUCAAGGGCCAGGAGAUGGAGCUGCGCCAGCGACCCGACAUUGUCAUUGCCACGCCCGGUCGUCUCAUUGAUCACUUGCGCAACAGCCAGUCGUUCCACCUCGACCAGAUCGAGAUCCUGAUCAUGGACGAGGCCGAUCGCAUGCUGGAGGACGGUUUUGAGGAUGAGCUGACCGAAAUCAUCAAGGCGUGCCCGAAGAAGCGCCAGACCAUGCUGUUCUCCGCCACUAUGACGGAUAACGUCGACAAGCUCAUCCGCGUGUCGCUGAACAAGCCCGUCCGCGUGCAGAUCGAUCCGCCAAAGUCUGCGGCCAAGAACCUCGUGCAGGAGUUUGUCCGUGUCAGGUCCAACAGGGACGAGGACCGCACCGCACUGCUGGCUGCCCUGUGCAAGAGACACUUUAAGAAAAAGUGCAUUGUGUUUUUCCGCUCCAAGGCUGCCGCCCACCAAAUGAAGAUUAUUUUUGGGCUGAUGGGUCUGCGCGCGGCUGAGCUGCACGGCAACCUGUCGCAGGAGGGCCGCCUGCAGGCCCUGGAGCAGUUCCGCGAUGGCCAUGUGGACUACCUGAUGGCCACGGAUCUGGCUGCCCGCGGUCUCGACGUCAAGGGUGUCGAAACCGUCAUUAACUAUACGAUGCCCAAUCAGUUCCCCCAGUAUCUCCACAGAGUGGGUCGUACAGCUCGUGCCGGCCGCACUGGUCGUGCGAUCACCUUGAUUGGCGAAACCGACAGGAAGAUGCUCAAGUUAGCUGUCAAGCACUCGUCCAAGGACCACAUUAAGCAGCGUGUGGUGCCCAAUGAGACACUCAACAAGUACCGCGCCAAGGUCGAUGACCUGGCCCCACAGGUCAAGAGCAUUGUUGACGAGGAGCGUGAGGAGAAGAUGUUCAAGGAUGCCGAUAUGCAGAUGACCAAGGCCUCCAACUUGCUCAACCACAAGACUGAGAUUCAGAGCCGCCCGCGCCGCACAUGGUUCCAGACCGAAAAGGAUCGCAAUGAGGCCAAGAAGGCAUCCAAAAACGAGUAUCUGAACAAGAACAAAAAGAGAACCAAGGAAUAGC